UCGUCAUCACUACCAUCUAGUUCAGGGGUCAUCACGCGUACAUAUGUGUCGCUAGUAGCAUGUAGAAGCUGUAUUCGUUACAACAUUAAAAUGUCUGCGAUCUAUGAUGUGUUUACGGUAAUAGAAGAGCCCGUCAAAAACCUGUGUGCUUGUAUAUUGAGCCUCGAUAAAAAUAAAGUGAAGAACAACUAGCUGUUACAAAUGAUCAUUAAAAUGCAAGCGGAAUUGUGGCGCUAUGGCCGUCUCCUUUAACCGGUACGCCCUUAGCCUGCCAGAAUCUGAGAAGAGCGAACUCGUAGAUUCUGUUGACAAUUCCGCGAGUGCCUGUUCCAACAUUAAUACUCAUUCGAGAGAUCAUUAUAAUACAACCACGACAAUAAAUCAUACAAAAUCGUUAACAGUACCACUCUGUGUACUUGGUGAAGUACAAUUACGUUUUUUGUGCCCCGAAGACCUUGAAGAAGUCCGAGAACUCUGCGAGGAUUGGUUUCCGAUCAAAUAUCCAUAUGUAUGGUACGAAGACAUAACGAGUUCUUCGAGAUUCUAUGCUCUAGCAGCGGUCUUUGGAGGAGUGAUAAUAGGUCUAAUAGUAGCAGAAAUAAAGCCUUAUGCAAAGUUGAAUAAAGAGGAUCGUGGCAUAUUGUGUUCGAGCCUGGCUAAGAAUUCCCUGAUUGGUUACAUCUUGAGUUUGGGUGUCCGGCGUGCUUAUAGAAGAAAUGGCAUAGCCUCUUUGCUUUUGGAUCAGUUAUUGGCGCAUGUAACAGCCCCGGAGCGUUCAACCGUAAAGGCAGUAUUCCUUCAUGUUCUGUCACGCAACGCCCCGGCAAUACUUUUUUACCAAAGACGAAACUUCAGACUGCACAGCUUUUUGCCAUACUAUUACAACAUUGACGGUCAGUGCGAAGAUGGCUUUACAUAUGUGCUGUACAUCAACGAGGGACAUCCUCCUUGGGGAAUUUGGGACUGGAUGCAUCCCCUCUUUGGAGUUUGGGAUUGGAUGCGCCACUUUAUCGGGGCCUUGGCAAAUCUGCGACCGUGCAGAGUGCCACAAUGGAUAUGGCAACGUCUCCUCUGGGCAGCAACUCUAUUGUCGUAUCACAGAUGAUAUAGUUCUUAAUGUCGCACGGAAUAUUUGCGACAAGGAUUUACACUCGAAUGACAAAAGAUACAAUACUCCUGCGAGCCACGAACCAAUAAGAUAAAAGCCUCAUCCGUAUAGUAUUGAAUUUUCCAUCCGGCAAACGCAGCAACGAAACCUCAUCCCUUUCCCAGGGUUUUUUUUCUUCUCAAUGAAAUUACACAAAUACUCGUAACGAUGUGGACAAAACGACGAUUCUCCACGAACACAAAAAUUCGUUGCCUUCCAACGGUGGAAAUUUUGAUACCAAUUGAUUUAUGGAUUAGUGAUAAAACUUAAUUCAGUCACAGUGACGAAAAAGCCGUCGCUCCCCAUCUAAGUUUUGAUGUGUAUCACGAUGAACUUUUGAAACCGAAAAAAAAACUCGUUAUUUAAAAAGGAAAUGCAGGAAAUUAUGUCGCAUCUCAUCGAGAGCAGGAUGAAACAGCGUCCGUACACUCAUAUUCACAUAUUGAUAUUUGACAUUAUGUAACGUCCGUAUACACAUACAUAUAUAUAUAUAUUUAUUGCAUAAAUCCACAUAUAUAGAAAGUAUAUACCUUUCUUCGAUGAUAGAUGUACAUAUUAUUAACCUAGCUUCAUCAGACUGUUUGUAACGUAACAUGUUAUAAAUCAUUACCAUAGACGCAAA